UUGCAUGAUACUCACCCCAAACCCUCUUCUUGGCCUUUUCUCCCUCAAUAUAAGCACUGUUUUUAAGCAUCUCUCUUGCUAGUUGCAUGGAAGCAAGCAUAAAAUAGGAUAGAUAGAAAUAAAUGGGUUUUGUGCAGACGGAAGAGAGGAGGAAGACGGAGAUAGAGGAAUUGAAGCGCAUGUUGGUAGGUUGUGGCAGGCUCAACAGGAGAAAAGAUGAUGAAGAAUUACAAGGCAGACGGGCUUCAUCCAAGCAAGCAGUGGAGUUUAAUGGUGAAGAGGAGCUUGUGUGUGUCACUAGUGGAGUAUCCUACUUAGGCGUCGCCAUCGUGAACCGCCUGUUGACUCGUGGCUACUCCGUCAGAAUCAUCGUUGAUAAUGAAGAGGAUAAAGAGAGACUGAGGGAGUUAGAAACGUCAGGAGAGAUGAGGACAAGUAAGAAUGGUAUCGAUGCAGUCAUGGCGAAGCUUACUGAAGUUGAAAGCUUAGUAGAGGCAUUCCAAGGUUGUCAUGGUGUAUUUCACACCUCUGCAUUUACCGAUCCUGCUGGUCUUUCUGGUUACACUAAAUCCAUGGCUGAAAUAGAGGUGAAAGCUAGUGAGAAUGUGAUGGAGGCGUGUUCAAGAACACCCUCAGUGAGGAAUUGUGUAGCCACAUCAUCGCUCCUGACCUGCUUAUGGCGGGAUACAACCACACAUGAACUCCCUCCUGUAGUUAACCAUGAGUCCUGGAGUGAUGAAUCUUUAUGCAUCCGCAAAAAGCUUUGGUAUGCCGUGGGCAAGCUAAGGGCGGAGAAGGCGGCGUGGAAACGAGCAGAGGAGAGAGGGCUGAAACUGGCCACCAUCUGUCCAGGUCUCAUCACAGGUCCAGAAUAUUGUGGCAGAAACCCAACAGCCACAAUAGCUUAUCUAAAAGGAGGCCAAGAAAUGUUUAAAGAUGGCUUGCUAGCAACCGUCGAUGUGAUGAAACUUGCAGAGGCACACACAUGUGUAUUCGAAGCGAUGAACAAGACAGCAUGCGGAAGGUACAUCUGCUUCGAUCGAGUUAUUCAAGUAGAAGACGAAGCAGAGAGGUUGGCUAUGGAGAUUGGGAUCCCUGCAAACCAGAUAGUAUCUGAAGAUGCAUCCAACUGUGGUCCUGCUCGGUUUGUACUCUCAAAUAAGAAACUUUGUAACCUCAUGUCAAGGACACGCCGGAAUUGUUAUAAUCAAAGUUAAACAAGUGGCAGAAAUUUUCCAUGCCUUUUCUUGUUUUUUCCA